AUGGCAGCUGACACUCAUUCUGAAGACUCUUCGAAGGCAGCAUCGUUGAAGGAUGUACCCUUGGACAAAGCACAAGAAGGGAAACCGGCAAACAAAACGGUCACUAUCUUUGAGCUGACAAGUGAGAUUGAACAGGCGUUGAAGGGAAUCGAAGAGAAGAUGUCUCAGAAUGAGAAGGACUUUCUGGGCAGCAUCACACAGAUCGAGACCCAAUUAGAACAGUUCAAAAGUUAA